AUGACGGACCAUCAGAGUAUAGAAAACGAGGAGCAGUCGGCAUUUUUGGCGCGGUCGUCGCUGGAUGACGGUCUGGACCUCGAUCAUGAACUCGACCAUGAGUUCGAACUUGAUCCGAGUUCUACCGGGUCGCCCUAUGAUGAAGAGAGUUCCAUAGAGACUGGCGACAAUGGCAUUGCUAAAGUGGGAAGCAGAAAUAAUGCCAGCUCUUUGGACACCACAGGAUCCAGUGGGGCCAGUAUCACCAAGGGCAGAAAACCAAAAGUGAAUUUUGAUCUCGAUGAGACUUAUGUACAGUACGAUGAAGCUUACAAGGGUAUUAAAGGUAGAUCCAAGACCACCACCAACUCUAAAGGAAAUAUAUCACGGCAUUUCGACUACUCAUCAUCCGUAAACCCCAUUCCCCCAUCUCCUACUUCCCAUAGACGAGGUAACAAUCGUCUCAGUAGUAGGAAGAGCUCGAAACUCACCACCAAGUUGAUUAUCAUGCUUGUUUUGCCAGCUCUGGUGCUCUUUAUCCUGUUUUUUGCAGUGUCGAGCUCCGCGUCCAACCCUCCGCGGAAUGCUUCUCCUGUAGUAGCACCAACUGGCCUGACUUAUCCUUCGGGAUUCAAUAUGAAGCAGAAUUGGGGCUCUGCUUCGCCAUAUUUCGAUACCGGUGUCAGUUAUACUGGUAUUGAUUCUACCAAGGCUUUUGAAAGGUCUGCUAGAUGCUCGUUGCGUCAAUCGCAUGUUCUACAUCGUCAUGCUGAGAGAUAUCCUACUGACGGUAUGACAGCUCGUCUCAGUGCGACUGCUGAAAAACUCAUGAAAAUGCCGCCUCCUCCAAGUAAACAGUUUGAGUGGAUUUCCAAAUGGAAUUAUACUCUUGGGGCCGAUUUACUGACUGCUAGGGGUGUAGGUACCGAGUUCAAGUCGGGUUCGGAUUACUGGGGAUCUCAUGGAGUCGCUCUGUAUAAUGCCACUAGCAAUGGUAACAAUGAACUGUUUUAUUCACCCAAGUUGAAUGUCUAUGAAAACGGCACUUCACGACCAGUUCCUGUUCUUCGUGCUACAACCCAGUCUCGAAUUGAGACUUCGGCCAGAGCAUGGGCUGCCGGAUUCUUUGGCGUGUAUGGAGGGCAAAUUUAUAACGUUGUGGAGAAUAGCCACGACGGAUCCAAAAAUAACAAUGGUGACGGUACAGGAUGGAACUCGCCUGUGAAGCCCGACUCGCCUGUGAACUACGUUUCAGACGCUGGCAUCUAUAAAUUAGUUCUCCAGGCAGAAAACCACGGCAAUAAUAAUACGCUGGCUUCGUAUUAUGCUUGUCCCAACGACAAUUCGGAUAAUAUUGGUAAAGAAAAGAAGUAUGCCUGGAUUGAUAACUAUUUAGCACCAGCUGCUGUGAGACUAAAUAAAGUGUUUCCUGACUAUGGAAACAUGACAGCUGGUGAGGUGUAUGAUUUACAGAACUUCUGUGCCUUUGAAACUGCUGCUUAUGGCAGUUCACGUUUCUGUGAGCUUUUCACUGAGAGCGAAUGGCGAGGGUUCGAGUACGCUGGCGACCUCAGUUUCUACUACGACAGUUCGUUCGGGUCACCUGUGGGUGCUUCUAUGGGAGCCGGGUAUCUCGUGGAGCUGCUAGCUCGACUACAAAACAAAUCGGUAAUUGCCGAACUCAAUAAAGGAGUGAAUCUGACUCUUGACAACGACCCUGCCACCUUCCCUCUGGGGCAGCCGUUUUACCUCGACAUGACUCAUGACAGUAUCAUCAUCUCGGUUUUGACUGCUAUUGGUUUCGACUUCAUCAACAAAGAACUUCCUACCGACAAACUAUUAGCACCCCGUCAGUUUGUGGCUUCGCGAUUAGUUCCAUUUGGAGCACGACUCAUUUUUGACAUUCUCGAAUGCGACGACUCGACCUCGUCAGACAGUCCACCUGAUUUGAACUACUACGUCCGAGUGUCACUCAACUCACGCGUUCUACCACUCGGCAGUCUCCACGACUGUCCCCAAUCCGAAGACGGGUUCUGUCCCCUCGACAAGUUCGCGUCCUCACUGCAACGCCAGAUUUCCUCCAUAGACUUCGUCAAGGCCUGUUACGGGAAGUAA